AUGGUGCAGCAGCAGGGUUGGCGUCAUCCGGUUGGUCAUGUUGAACUGAAACCCAUACCCACCGCUGAGGCCUCGUGGCCUUUGAAUGUUGUGCACAUGGCCAGGGUCACAAAAACCAGAUCGAGCCGGGGACACAAAAAUCCCAAAUUAAUGGUGAUGGUCAUCCUAAUAUCCCGUCGACGUCUUCUAGUUUGGUUGACCGCACCUAAUUCCGAAAUAAAUAAACAAACGAACAAAGAAAAACAACUCCAUAAUAGACUGACCGUGAUCCGUGAUCAGGAAUACCUGAAGCGCCACGUAACCGAGUACGGAGAAACUGAUCAUCGACAGAAAGAGUUGAGAGAAGCGGAUGGGAGAAUAGCUGAGAAGCGAUGA